GUUCUGUAUGCAUAAAUAAAUAAAUCUUUAAACAAAAAAAAGGGGGGGAGAGUGGGCAAAGACGCGAAGCCCCAAGACAGCCCUUCACUUGGUGGUUUCUGCAGCUCCACCCUCAGCCCCUCAGCAACUUCUGCAAGGCUUCCUGUCUCCCACAGUUGGCUUCGUGGCACCAUGUUACAGAUGUUCUCCUGUCUCCUGCCCCUGUGGGUAGCAGGCCUGGCCCAAGGCACACAGGGCUCCCGUGCAAGUCAGGACCCAGGUCCCCAGCCUCUGAGCCUGAGAGAGGUCUUCACGCUGUUCCAGAUCCAGCACAACCGAACUUACUCAGACCCAGCAGAGUAUGCUCGCCGCCUGGAAAUCUUCGCCCACAACCUGGCCCGGGCUCAGCAGCUGCAGGAGGAGGACCUGGGCACAGCUGAGUUUGGGGUGACUCCAUUCAGUGACCUCACAGAGGAGGAAUUUGGGCAGCUCCAUCAGACGGCCCCGGGGGAACCCCCCAGUAUGAGGCGCGAGGUAUGGCCCGAAGAGUGGGGGCAGUGCACGCCCGCCUCCUGCAACUGGCAGAAGCAGCCCGGCGUCCUCUCCCCUGUCAGGAACCAGGGCAGCUGCGGGUGCUGCUGGGCCAUCGCGGCAGCGGGGAACAUCGAGGCCCUGUGGGCCAUAGAUCACCACCAGCCCGUGCAAGUCUCUGUGCAGGAGCUCAUAGACUGCAGGAGAUGUGGGGACGGCUGCGAAGGCGGCUGGGUCUGGGACGCGUUUGUGACCACCCUCACCAACCAGGGCCUGGCCAGUGAAAAGGACUACCCAUUCACCAGGAACUUCAAGAAGCAGAGGUGUGAGGACAACAGGAACAAGAAGAAGGUGGCCUGGAUCCAGGAUUUCAUCAUGCUGCCGGAGGAUGAGAGGAAAAUCGCCUGGUACCUGGCCACCCAGGGCCCCAUCACUGUGACCAUCAACAUGAAGCUAUUACAGCUGUACAAACAAGGUGUGAUCAAGACCACACCCACCCAGUGUGACCCCCAGCAUGUGGACCACUCUGUCCUGCUGGUGGGCUUUGGGAAGGAGAAAGUGGCAGCCUCGUCCCCCCAUCAUCUUGCCCCUGGCCAUGCCCUUCCCUACUGGAUCCUGAAGAACUCCUGGGGGCCUCAGUGGGGUGAGGAGGUGAGCUGAGGGUGAUCUUUGGGGGUGGGAAAGAGCAGGCCUCUCCCUGCCUUCUGGUCCCAAUGCACUUUAACCUCCCAGGGUUAUUUCCGGCUACACCGAGGGAGUAAUACCUGCGGCCUCACCAAGUACCCAUACACUGCCCGAGUGAGCAAGCCAGCUAAGAAGCGGCCAGUCUCCUGCCCUCCCUGAGCCUGCCAGUGGCCUGCCUGCCAGUCCCACUCCGGGGUUGUACCUGUUACCUACUCUCCCUGCUAUGGCCUGAAUAAAUUGUGAUCCCAACUUCAGGUGGGAAAAC